UGCGGUCCCAUUAGGCACAAGAACACUGUCGUUGUUGCAGGAUAAAACCAGCCCCUUGUCAGAUCUCAACCGCUGCGUGAGGAAGACGCUCAGUGUGCAAAAGAGACUUUGGAUACUACUGGCACACACUGAGCAAGGCGCACAAAAAUGUCGAGAAAAAAUCAGGAAAAUAACUAUGAAUAUACUCCUUUGUUAAUUAAAGAGGCCGAAGAAACAAAGCCGGCAUUGAAGGUCCCAAACAAAAUUCUUCUUCUGGCUACCUUUGCUGCUGGGAUUGGAGGGACCUUCCAGUAUGGAUAUAACGUCUCCGUCAUUAAUGCACCCACCAAGUAUGUGCAAGAUUUCAUCAACCAAACAUGGAUAGAGCGAUACCAAAGUGACAUUGCACCUGGUGUUCUCACUUUAAUGUGGUCCACCAUAGUGUCUAUAUUCACUCUUGGAGGACUAAUAGGAGUGUCGGUUGGAGGAACACUGUCUGUAAAGCUGGGAAGGAAAGGGACAAUGUUGAUCAAUAACAUUUUUGCCAUGGCGGCUGCCCUGAUGAUGGGUCUGAGCUACCCAACAGGAAUAUUUGAACUAAUCAUCCUUGGACGUUUUCUCAUUGGAUUAAAUUCUGGCAUUGGUCUUUGUGUUCAACCUUUAUACUUGGUGGAAAUUGCUCCAACAUCAAUUCGCGGCCUCAUGGGAAUGGGAACCUCAGUUUUUGUGACAGGUGGAAUCUUCACUGGACAAGUGAUGGGCCUUAAAGAGCUGCUUGGUAAAGAAGAAACCUGGCCCAUUCUGCUGGCCACCAUAUGCAUCCCAGCGGUCAUGCAGCUCCUGAUGCUCCCGUGGUUCCCAGAAAGUCCACGCUUUCUGCUCAUUGACAGAGGAGAUUAUGAGGGAUGCAAAAAAGCCCUCAAGCAGCUUCACGGGGCAGCUGAUUGGGAGGCUGAAAUGGAGGACAUGGAGAAGGAGAAGAACAACCUGGAACAAGAAGGAGUCCAGGCCAAGAAGCCAUGGGAGCUGCUUGCAGACCGCAGCAUACGCUGGCAGCUUCUUACCAUCGUGCUUCUCAAUUCAGCCCAGCAGCUGAACGGAAUUAAUGCCAUAUACUUCUAUGCAGAUUAUGUGUUCGCGCAAGCAGGAAUUCCCAAUGAGAGAAGACCAUAUGCAGCCGUUGGCACUGGUGCCUGUGAAUGCAUCACUGCGUUGACCUGCGGUUUGCUCAUCGAGCAUCUGGGACGGAAAGUGCUCAUUACUGGAGGAUACACGCUGAUGAGUAUCUGCUGCAUUUUGUUCACUCUGACCAUUACUUUUCAGGAGAUCAGUCCAGUUUUUCCCUACCUCAGCAUGGCUUGUGUUUUUGCCUUUAUUCUGAGUUUUGGAUUAGGGCCAGGUGGUGUGACAAAUAUCUUGACUAUGGAACUGUUCACGCAAAACGCACGGCCGGCAGCCUACAUGAUUGCAGGCUCCAUAAACUGGAUCAGCUUCUUCUUUAUCAGCAUGAUCUUCCCUUUUAUUGUCCUUGGUCUAAAGCAGUACUGUUUUCUGGUGUUUAUGGCCAUCUGCACCCUGGUGGCACUUUACAUAUUCUUUAUCAUUCCUGAAACCAAGAACAAAACAUUUCUGGAAAUCCAAAACGAGUUUAAGACUGGAAGAAAAAAGAAGGGCCAUGGCACUAAUGGCUCUGGUAUGACACUGUUGUCAACCUCAAUGUAACAUGUACUGUACCUCAUGACUCUUGACUGAAUUUUUUUUUUGUACUCAUCACCAUGCUGACUUGAAUUGUCAUAUAAAUUUCAAGUUUUUGUUAUGGGAAUGUAUUCUUGUUUUCUACACUUUUAUUACAUGGACUUAAAAUUGCCAAUAAAGUUCUCUUCAAAACUAUGAACUAUUAAAAGUACUGAUCAAAA